CAGUUCAAUGAAGACAUGAUCCCGACAGUGGGCUUUAACAUGAGGAAGAUCACCAAGGGGAACGUUACCAUAAAGGCAUGGGACAUCGGUGGCCAGCCGCGGUUCCGCAGCAUGUGGGAGAGGUACUGCCGUGGAGUGAGUGCCAUCGUGUACAUGGUGGAUGCUGCUGACCAGGAGAAGAUAGAGGCCUCCAAGAAUGAACUGCACAACCUGCUCGACAAGCCACAGCUCCAGGGCAUCCCGGUCCUAGUCCUGGGGAACAAGCGAGACCUGCCUGGUGCCUUGGAUGAGAAAGAGCUCAUUGAGAAGAUGAACCUCUCUGCCAUCCAGGACCGAGAGAUCUGUUGCUACUCCAUCUCCUGCAAAGAAAAGGACAACAUCGACAUCACCCUACAGUGGCUUAUCCAGCACUCGAAGUCUAGGAGAAGCUGA